CGAGACUACACGACUGUCACCGUUACCACCGAUGCCGCCGCUUGUCCGUUCGCAUCAGUCGUCGUUCAUACGCCGCCGUAAAACGACCAGUUUUUCCGGACCGGGGGGCGGGGUGACUCGCGCGUGUUCGUCGACGGACUCGUUAUCCCCCGACCGCGCUGUACCUCUAAUCACACGAAUGCGUACGUACCCGCCUAUUGAGCAAAUAGUCACGUUUAUAAGUUCAAUAAUUACGUAGCGUCCGAGUGCGUCGAACGUGUGUUUUUGGUAUUUUCGCGGAGGAGUGCGCGUCUCGGCGAGAAGCGAAUAAAAACAAAAAAAAAACGUCCUCGUCGUCUCGUGAUCGCAAUACCGAUUUGCAAUAACAAAACUUAUAAACUUGUAAUCGUCACGUGAUAACAUAGUACGUAUACGGGUGGUGUCUUCAGUAUGCAUCUACCGUUCUUGGACGAACAGUUAGCGGUGGUAGCCCCGUCUAGUCGGGAUCGGUAUUCUUGAGCCUCCUUGAGCGUUCAACCACGCCUCGGUUUGCAAGGUGGAGUGGAAAUCAAGACUGCCACAUACCUGCAAGUAUCUAUUCAACUCAAGUUUCUUAAAAAUUACGAAUCGCACUAAAUAAGCAUUGAAAAUGUUCGUUAUGAGAAAAAAUUUACCACGAAGCCUCUAGCAUCUCCACCAAGUACUUAAAUUUAGUAAAAGCUAUGAGAUCUCAAGUCGUGCAUACUAUGUGGUAUCUAUGGUAAUGAAUCAGUAGCGGCGGCGGCGGUGUGACAAACAAAUGAUCAACAAAACGUCGGCGGCAGCGGCGAUCGAGGUGGCCGCUGCGGCCGUAGACAGCUGCGGUACGGCCGGCAACAACGGAACUAUGACCGGUCCGGCCGCCAUGGUGACGGUGAUCGCGGUGAUCGCGGUGACCACGGCGCUGAUCGUGGUCACCGUGUUCGGCAACAUACUGGUCAUCAUGAGCGUGGUGCAGUACCCGCCGCUCCGGUCCGUGCCAAACAUAUUCAUCGUGUCGCUGGCCGUGGCCGACCUGACCGUGGCCAUCGGCGUGCUGCCGCUGAACGUCGUGUACAACGUGACGGGCGUUUGGCUGUUCGGCGGCGUCGUGUGCAAGCUGUGGCUGACGUGCGACGUGCUGUGCUGCACCGCGUCCAUACUGAACCUGUGCGCCAUCGCGCUGGACAGGUACAGGGCCAUCACGCAGCCGAUAGCGUACGCGCAGAAGCGAACCGUUUCCCGUGUCAUGUGGACGGUAGCGCUGGUGUGGAUCGCCAGCGCGGUCAUCAGCUCGCCGCCGCUCAUCGGCUGGAACGACUGGCCGGACGUGUUCGACGAGAGCACGCCGUGCACGCUCACCACGCACCCCGGUUACGUGGUGUACUCGUCCAUGGGAUCGUUUUACAUACCGCUGGUGGUGAUGAGCAUCACGUAUCUCAGAAUAUACGUGGCCACCAGGCGACGACUGAGGCGCCGGGCCAAGCAGGUAGCCGUGUCGCAGGACAGCCGGCCACAGCGGUCGGCGGUGUGCGCGGCGCUGCCGGCGACGGCCGGUUCGUCGUGCAAACGGAAGGACGUGGACGCCGACGGUGGCGGUGGCCACGCCAAGAUGACGGUGGACGCGGCCACUGCUGACUCGGCCAGCAGCAGCGACGAGGUGGACGCGGCCACAAACGGUACUGGCGCCAGCAGCGACAAGCAGCGGGCGGGGCGGGGUGCGUCGGUGGCGGUGCGGGCGGCGCCGUCCAUGGGCAAGCACGUCAACCAACUGUUGGAGCACAAGCAGCGCAUAUCGCUGUCCAAGGAACGGAAGGCGGCCAAGACGCUGGGCGUCAUCAUGGGAGUGUUUGUGGUCAGCUGGCUGCCGUUCUUCGUCAUCUACCUGUUCUUUCCGUUCUGCAAAUCGUGCUGUCCACCGUCCAAGGUGCUCGUCAACGUGGUAACGUGGCUCGGUUACCUGAACUCGACUGUCAACCCGAUCAUAUACACCCGGUGCAACAUGGACUUCCGGCGAUCGUUCAAGAAGAUACUGCACAUGGACGGCCAACACCAUCACCAACACUUGCAACAACAGCACCACCACCGCUGAAUCAAUGCACCACACCGGUCGAAUGGCUGUGGAGCGAUACCGUGUCGUCUCGACCUACCAACGAUUGCGUCCUCCACCACUACCACUGGUUUUGUAACGAUUGUAUUAUAGUCUUUGGAUCUUUGACAGAAGUAUCCGGAAAUACUGUUUUUAACUCCGGGACGGUAGUCGGAAGUAUUACGCGGUUUGAUCGAUCCAUUUCUUUAUAAUAUUAUAUUACGUGACACAAGUCGACGUGUAAAUAUAUUUUAUGUAUGUGGGUGUGUACGGGUGUAUAUAAUAAUAUUUUAUUGCUGUGUUUUGUAAUCGAUUUUUAUAAAUUGUUUUGAUUCGUCGUCGUCGUACGUGAAAAUGGCGAUACACCGACACUGGCACUUCGUAUUUCCGAUGUACCCAUAUAUCACUAGGUAUACGAAGUAUUACAUUCAGAUUGUUUUUGACGUGAAACACCUAGUGACUUUUUGUAUAAUUGAUGUAUUUUUAAUUUUAAGAUUCCAUUUUACAAAAUAUGAAUAUAGGCCAUAGUUGUACAUUUCGCUCAAAAAUUGUUUUCUCUUUUCGUCCGCGUUCCCACGAUAUAGCACUUCAAGGAUUGCGUAUUUGCUUAUUACUAUUUCCAAAUUAUAUUUUUUUUAAAUAACGAAAUAUUUAAAGACGUUUAAAACCGUUAAAAUAACGAGUGCCAUCAGAAAGCGUGAAGGUUGUAUGAAAGUUGAUACUUUUUUUUCGUAGAAAUAUGAAAUAAGAAAAAUAUAUAUUAUAUGUUUAUAUUUUGAAUAACGAAUACUCGUGUGUGGAAAAAAUAUGAAACCCUUCACCACAGAUAAUAAUGAACUCUGCUGAAAAUAUAAAUCGGCAACACUUUUAUUUUGCAUUUGUAGCUCUAACGUUUUUAUCAAACACAUAUUAUGUAAUAUAAUUGUUCUUUGAGGUGAACUUUGACUUGUUCCAUAUAAAUGUAACAUUUCAUGAACGUUUAUAAGAUAUAACUAAUGAUGUACAACUUACAUUGGAUAUAUAUAUAGUUUUUGAAUUAUUACCUAAGCGUUUCCAAAAAUAUUAAUUGUAGUUACGCGGACGAUAAAGGAAGCAUAAAAUGUAUCAUAUCUGGGCGAACAGUGUCUCGUCCCAAAUAUCAAAUACCAUAAAUAUAAUAUUAUGAUGACUACAUAUAAAUUUAUAAUAAUAUUAUAUUAUUCACCAACACCAAACUGAAUUAAUGACCGGAAAUACACAGCGAUUGUGUUAUAUGCAGAGGUUUGGCAUGUCAUAAUAUAUGAUAAAAAAAAAAAAAAAAACUAUACAAUAUUAUGAAUUAUUUCGUGUAGAUUAAAAGCGAUUUCAAACCAAUAUUUACAUAGAAUUUUUAACCAGCUAAACAGCACUUUACCUAUGUCAUGUUUAUUAAAAUUUCCUUCGUCAUAUUUACAAAUACUAUUGUAUACCCAUUAUAAAAACAUAUUUAUAUCAGAAUACUAUGAAAUAUUUUUUGAAAAUAUAUAACAUGCAGUAUGUAGUAAUCGACUAAAGAAAUGUUGAAAAAAGCUACGUCGUUACAAUUUUUUUAUUUAAAUAGGUUUCUAAUAAAAUAUCCAAACCUAAUCUAGCCUAAAACAUAUUAUAUUUUAAAUAAUUAUUGAUUGGGUUGAGUUUUGGGGGGAAACAAAAUUUAUUGUGUUAUUAUUUCCUCUGAGGUACAAAAUUAUUAAUAUAAUAUAUUCAAUCUGUUCGUGAUAAAAAAUAAUAAGGCCAUCUGCACGAAAACAAAUUUAUAUUUCUCUUCAUACUAGAAUACUACAAUAUACAAUACACAAUUGUUUUAUUAAUUUAUUUAUAAUUGUUCAACAAUGAAUACGUACCGAUAUAUGUUUACAGUAUUAUUAUAUUUUGUUUUGUUAAAAUAAUGUUUGUUAAUUGUUUACAUUAUUAUACCUAUACAAGAUAAGAAUAAAACCAUGUGCUUAAAAAAAUAUUUAUUCAAUAAUAUAUAUUCUAUAAAAGUUAUAAUUUAUGUUACUAUGUAAUUUUUAUUAUAUUAUACAAAAUAUAAUGGAUAUGAAAAA